UCUCUCUAAGGUCGAAUUAGUUAUAAGGUAUUUAGGUAAUAUUAACUGUAAGAAAUAUUUCCCUUUUCGAUGUGGUACUAGGGUUCCCUUCUUCUUCGAUUUCGCUGCUUCUUGUCUAAGAAUCUGGUAAAGUUGUCGUCUUUGAUCUCGGAAUAAUACUUUCCGUUCACGCCCAAAUCGGAAGAAUCGAGGGUAGCGUUCUGCUGAGUUUCAAAGAAACCCCCGAGGAAGUAACGCCACCUUCGAUUGCUCUCAUUCUGGUCCCUGCGUUCCUUCGAUUGCCUCUAUUCCGAAAAGUAGGUUACUGCUAAAAUGUUGGGAAGCGUGCUGGCAUUUACAGAUGAUGCAGUCCUACCUGCCAGUACUGUUCUGAAUGCACUCAGGGAGCUUGAGGAUGGAGGGGCUGAAAAGUGUGAUCCUCUUAUUAUCACUCAAGUGUCUUUAUUAAGUCGGUUGCCAGUAGAAGAUUCCUCUAUGGACAUUGUUCUCUCUCUGUGUGGAUCACAUGAAUCUCCCAGUGACCAGUUGCUUAAAGAAGUCUCAAGAGUGCUAAAGCCUGGUGGAACAAUCCUACUCUACCAUUCUCAGUCAGCUACAGUGGACGCAAACAAAGAAACCUCAGCUCUUGAGCGCAAGUUACUGUUGUCUGGUUUUCUAGAAGCACAAUCACUGCAAUCUAAAUCAAUUUUGGGUUCUAAUGUGCUGUCACUUAUGGUCAAAGCUAAGAAGUCUUCUUGGAAGAUUGGUUCAUCUUUUGCCAUUAAGAAGGCUCCAAAAAGUUCACCAGUGGUUCAGAUUGAUAUUGAUUCUGAUUUAAUUGACGAGGAUAGCUUAUUAACGGAGGAGGAUUUGAAGAAACCCCAGCUACCAUUGGUUGGUGAUUGUGAAGUUGGAGCUACAAGGAAAGCUUGUAAAAAUUGCACUUGUGGGAGGGCGGAAGCUGAGCAGAAAGUAGAGAAGUUAGGUUUGACUGAUGAUCUUCAGAACAAUCCUCAAUCAGCUUGUGGCAGUUGUGGGCUAGGUGAUGCUUUUCGGUGUAGUACGUGUCCUUACAAGGGUCUUCCUCCAUUCAAACUGGGAGAGAAGGUAUCGUUGUCCAGAAGCUUCCUUGCGGCAGACAUAUAGACACGGACACAUAAGAAGAAUCACUGCUUUUUUUUGUUAUAGAGAUGGGGUUUCAGAUACUGCACAACGGCUAGUUAUUUUGUCUGCAUUGUCGGCCGCGGCUCUCAUUAUCCACUUUCUCCAAAUAACAAGUCAUUGAUUCUGUUGUAGUUAUUUAUCUGACUCAACAUGCUAAACUAUAUAGUUAUUAGCUAGACUUUUGGGGGGUAAGUUUUCAGUGUGCUGCAUAAAAAAGGAAAGAACAAUUUGGAAAAUUUGUUGCUUGACCAUUCUGGAAUCUGUUCUGUAUGUCUGUUCAUUCCAUGCAUAUGUAUAUGCUUUGAGGGAAAAGGGGAUUUGGUCGAGUGAUGAAAAAGUUUGUUGGCUCAUCAA